AUGGUGUCUGGUGUACUACGACGCUAUGACGUUUUGCGUCGAUUUAUGAGUGAAGAUGUACGUAAACAGUUAUACGUGGGGUGUUUGAAUCGAAAUUUCGAUAGUGUACUUACUAAAAUUAGACCAAUGCCAACAAACGAGAUGGAUUACGGAUUUUUACAAUUGUAUCUUGUCGAGAGUUGUUUUUGGGGUCAUAUGGAAUCUGUGGAUUAUAUAUGGCAUAAAUAUGUUAUGAAUAAUCAGAUUCUUAUAAUACGACCUCAUAUUUUAUGUGCAAUAGGUAAUUUAGCGUUAACUAACCAAAAAUUCUUUGUCACAAAACAAAUAUAUGAAUAUUUCGAAAGAUUAUAUGGUUCACAAAUAUAUGAUGAAACUAUGUUACAUUGGAAAUAUGAGCUUUUACGAAUUAAGAUUGAAAGUUUUGCCAGUGGAACAGGUGUAUCAACAAGUUUUAGUGAAAAAUGGAAAAUAUUUCUAGAGGAUGUUGAUCAUAACUUACCAAUAACAACGGCAUUCCACGUAAGAGAUUUUCCUCAUAUGAUUAAGGCCUUGGCUAGUGAUUUACAACAGGGUUCAAUGACAGAGGAGAACAUCUUAGAGAUGCUGUUUACAGAAAAGAAGAUAAGUAUAAAGAACCCAUCUACUUUACCAUUGUUAUUAAAUCUGAUAUUGUUGCAACCGACGUUUUCUAAAACAUUCAAAUUUGAUCUAUUUAGAAAAUUUUACGAGACUCAUCCACAAUUAAAUCAUGAUGAUUCCUUAAUAAUAUUGUUCAAAUUGUUAAAAGGUGACGAUUACAACUUAUCACAACUUGUCACAUUCGCUACUCAGUUGGAUAAUGGGAAAUUACGGCUUACUCCCCAGGCUUCAAGAUUACUGAACAAAGGGAUUUCCAACACUGAACAUAGUAGAAAAUUGGGUGACUCUCUACAAGAAACAAAUACGCCAGCUACAGGGGAUAACAUAACCUAG